AUGCGAACUGAACACGAAUUAUCAAUUCAUUGCAGUUCGCAAGAAGAGGACGAGGAGGAAGCAGAGGUGGGUGAAGAAGAGGAAGCUGAUGUCGGGGAUGGAGAUCAGGUUGAAGCAGCACCCGAACAUGAGGCUGCUCCACCUCAGGUCGAAGAGGAGGAAAAGCCUCGUCGAGCUCCUCAUGACAAGGCCAAGGAAGAACCUGCCACUCAAACAGAGGCUGAAAAAGCGAUGCUGGUUAGUUUGAGUUGGAUUAUCUAUUAA